AUGCUAUGGCUUUGCAUAUCUGCGUUUUUCCAAAUAGCUACCUCUCACGGCGGGCACUCCCAUGGUGAUGAGCCGAGUUUAAAAAGUGCUGAUAUCGACUUUAUCGGUAAAAGCUACUGGUCGGAGUCAUACUUUGAACGGUGUGAUCAGAGAGUUUUCGAACUACACGAUAAUCCGGCCUAUAUUUGCGCUCGCUUUAUGAUUGAUUAUAGUUGGGUGGACGUGGAGGUACUCUCAAAAGACCCAAUCUUGGUUGUUUUCCAUAAAUUUUUCGCCCUCCAUGAUGCGCUGGAAUUCCGAAAGUAUAUUCAUCAGAAGGAGCUGAAGGCUAUGUCAGUGGUAGACCACGAGAAAGAUUCCCAAUCGACGAUGCACGAUUCGAGGCGAGCAAAUGGGACUUGGUUAACGCAUCAUGAGAACGACAUCACCAGCAAGUUGUUCAAUUUCGCCCAAAGGAGGAUACCAACCCUAAAUUUUGAUGCGGCAGAGCAGUGGCAUGCCCUGUCUUACCAACCCGGCGGCCAUUACGCGCCACAUUUUGAUUUUUUGGACUAUCCAAAUGCGGACAGCUGGGACUGGUGGAUGAAGGAACACGGGCAAAGGCUGGCUACGUUUUUGGCAGUACUGGAAACGGCGGAACAGGGCGGAGGCACACUAUUCCCGGAAUUGAGCUACGCCGUCCACCCCGAGGUCGGCGACGUGAUGCUGUGGCUGAACAUGGAGGCCGAGAAUUUGGACAAGGCCAACAAAUCGCUGCACGGCGCUUGCCCGAUUUUGAAGGGACAGAAAACGGCGGCCACUUUAUGGAUCCGGAUCUCUGCCAGUUUCCACUCCUUCAAAACCAGCCGUGACGGCCCGACAUUCAACAUCACUCAACUCAUUCGCCCCUACGGUAUCCGUCCACCCGACAACUAUGCACCACCCGACAAGGUGCAGCGCCAGGAG